UUUGUUCGAUUCGAUCAACAUCUUCUCCCGGUGCGGUUAUCUUGCGGAUGUACGGUGAGCCGUUUUCACUCAUACGGAACUUUCUCUGGUCGUUGCAUGCCUUUCUUUCAACUAUAAACGUCGCGUGCUCGCGGUGAACUACGAACCUGUGCCAUUAUUGCCUCGGUUAACAACACUGUUUUCAAUACGCAUGUGCUUUCGUGUUCUAAACUUAAAACAAACAUCAGAGGGCGAAUAAUCGAUUGGGUUUCCACUGUUCAUAAGUCGUUUUGAAUUGUACGGCAUUCAUUAUUCCACACAAUUCAAAUCAGUGACCGUGCAUAAAGUGAACCAGUGACAUCCCGUUACGUAAGCUUGUAGCUGUACUGCUGCACUUGGAUAUAAUAUUCUCGUUUGGCCACAACAACACACAGGCCGGACAUCGACAUUAAACAACAGCAAAAACAGCUACCUAUAUUUAUCUGCGUACAUCGUAGCAACAUCAGCGGAACAAAAACACCACGCGCCGAGGAGGCAGACGACAAUCGGAAGCCAUCUGAACCAGAGGCCGAACGGCAUAAAUGAGCAAUAAAACCGACACCAGUGCGGACAAGAUGGACGAAGAAGCGCCGGAUUUUAGUCAACGAUUCAACGAUAUGCGUCACCGUAACCAUCUGGUAGAUUGUUCCUUUCGUGUAGACGACAAACUAUACAACGGUCAUAAGUUGAUCCUGUCCGCUGCCAGUCCAGUGUUCGAAGCCAUGUUUUACGGUUCCCUAGCGGAAAAGCAGACGGUUAAAAUAUCCGAUAUUCGGCCGGUCGUGUUUGAGCGAAUGCUGGACUUCAUCUACGCAGGGACGGUGGAUUUUGACCGUAUUCUUCAUAUUGAAGAAAUUCUGGAGCUUUACUAUUGCGCACAAAAAUACAUGAUCGACAGUCUGCACAAGCAGUGCGUCAGCUAUUUUGGUCGAAGCAUAAAACCCAACAACGUUUUGAAAAUUCUCGACAUAGCUUAUAGAAUGAACCUGGAAGAUAUUAUCUUUUCGUGUUUGUGUGUCCUGAAACACUUCCUGACUUCCGGUAUGAGUCUCAGUAACAUCAUAUUGGAAAGUAAUCAUCAUCUAUCGAAGAGCUGUGUGGAUCUAAUUCUCGAGGACAACUAUGAGGUUAAGGAUAACAUCAUCUGUAUGAUUCGCGCCUGGUGCAUAACCGAAUGUGAGCAGCAACGUCUCGAAGUCAAUAGUGAUAGUUUGAAAACCGUUUUGCAAGAUAUCGAGCUUCCGGAAAAGCUAAAAGACACAAUCAUAGAUUGCAGUUAUACGAGUAUUCAGCCGAUAACGAAUGAAAACACGUAUCAUUGGACUCCUAUUCAAAGGAUCCACUAUAAAGCCGUAAGGCCUUUGAUAAUUGGCGAUUCAAUGAGCUUCGAAGCAAGUAUUACGUGUAACAGGUUCAUUGUUUUGAAAUCUUUAUCCGUCAACAGUAGACUGACUCCUCAGUUGCUUCCUAUGGAUAAACACCGUGAUACUUACACGGAGAACAUUGCGGUUGAGAUCUGCUCAAAGUUCAACGGGAAGGUUGACUCAAUCUACCAGGAGCAGCAUCUAGUGUGUGAUGUGCCAUUUAACAGCAGCUUAGAUCUGAAACUGGAGAACCCAAUUGUGCUGUUUCCAGACAUUGCUUAUCUAAUACGACUAAAGUGGGGACCGGGUAGUCUUGGUUACGAGUACCCCCGAAACAUUUUAUCUUCGUACGGUAAAAGCAAGCAGUUUAGAGUUAACUUCAGUGAGAAUAUCUACGUAGAAACAGAAGGUAGUAUUUUACAUGGAAUCGUUUGUGAUUUGUAUAAGUAAUUAAUUAAAUAGAUUUAGGUUUUACGUCCUUUUCGAAUGACAAGCAUUGAAGGUAACUAGUGGGAAAUAAUUCAUGUUGACCCAAAUAAAAUAAUUUGUUUAUAGCUCAGAUCAAAAGAAAACUUCAUAAUACACGUUUUGGCGUUUUGUUCAUUCUACAGUUUCGUUUAUCGUAAAACUACUCGAAAUAUUAUUUUACCUUGGGCGUGAUAGUAAAAAUUCUCUAAUAAUGUCAAUUGAUGCUUAGUAAUGAACUGAGCCUUAACCAAAAAACAUUAAUUGGGUCAAACUGAACAUUACAGCACUGAUGUUAAUGAUUAAAAUAUUAAGAAUUUAAAUGUCUAAGAAGUGAGAAAAACUAAUUGUUCUGAAAUGUUCGAUAACAUAUAAAAUAGAUUUUCAUCAUUAAAAAUACUUUUAAAUUAUUGGAACAAAUAUUGUAUAAUUACCUGUAUCAGAUAAUUUGAACCUACUUGAAAUUCUGAUUAAUGCAGAAAAAUAAAAAUGGAUAUGCAAAA